AAAAGAGUGAACAAAUUCGCUCAAUCCAUAUCAACAUCACCUGCGGUGUAUUCGUAUUCACUGAGACCUCUUUUCUCUUGCAAACUUUUUCCAAUAUGAGGUUCUAUUUCCUCGUGUCCCUGUUGGCGGCGGUUGUGGUGGUGCAUUGCACGCAUACUUUCAUGGGCACCAGUGUGUAUAGACAGCUAGUGUUUCACCAGGAGGUGAAGUACAGCGGCAAUACUUUGUCGAAGCGUAUCGAGUACUUGAAUUAUACGUUACCGGCUACUUUCGGUUACGGGCGGACUAUUCAGGGUCUCCUCGCCUAUGAUUUGACGAACAGUGCCUCAGCCAACGUAACAGCCGGUGGUGUUGGCUUUCCCUACGUAUCGUUACGCAUGAAGAGCGACCGGAGGAAAGACAUACGUUACGACGUAUACAUCUACGCUUAGACCCUUGGACUGAUAAUAUUAUGUACUAGCUGACGCCGCGCGGUUUCACUCGCGUGGUUCCCGUUCCCGUAGGAAAACGGGGAUAAUAUAUAGCCUAUAGCCUUCCUCGAUAAAUGGGCUAUCUAACACUUAAAGAAUUUUUCAAAUCGGACCAGUAGUUCCUGAGAUUAGCGCGUUCAAUCAAACAAACAAACAAACAAACUCUUCAGCUUUAUAAUAUUACUAUAGAUUUAACUGUACUUUUAUAUAGUCAAUCUAUUUACUAACUUUGACGUAUGUUAGCCACCUAAUAAAAUUAACAUCAAAUCAAUGACACUUACUUACUAGGAUUUAUUAGUUGUUUUAAUGUAAUUUUACUAUUUCGUUUAAUUUUUUUAUUUGGGAUUUAUUUUUAUACAAAUUAAUUCUCUAUAUUUUAACAUACAUGGUGAUAUUUUUUAUUUUAAAAUCGAUGUGAUAGUUAUGUGUGGUAUCAAAAGUCAAACGGAAUUCCAAAAGUAAAUAGAUAAACAACUUUAUUUGACUGAUUUACUAUAUUAAUAUUAUUAUUAUUACGGCCUCCGUGGCGCAGUGGUAUGCGCGGUGGAUUUACAACACGGAGGUCCUGGGUUCGAUCCCCAGCUGGGCAGAUUGAGAUUUUCUUAAUUUGUCCAGGUCUGGCUGGUGGGAGGCUUCGGCCGUGGCUAGUUACCACCCUACCGGCAAAGACGUACCGCCAAGCGAUUUAGCGUUCCGGUACGAUGCCGUGUAGAAACCGAAAGGGGUGUGGAUUUUCAUCCUCCUCCUAACAAGUUAGCCCGCUUCCAUCUUAGACUUUAUCACCACUUACCAUCAGGUGAGAUUGUAGUCAAGGGUUAACUUGUAAAGAAUAAAAAAAAAAUAUAUAUUAUUUUUACCCAUUUGUUACCGAGCAUCUCAAGACUGUGGAUUUGUAUUGUCUAUUAAUAAACGGAAGACGUCAUUAUCACUUUUCAGUGUGACGUCACAUGUUUUGCGACAGACUCUUUACACAAGUGUUAUUUGUCAAUGUGUUGAAUUUCCAAGUAAAAAUAUGUAAAUAAAUUUAAAUUUUAAUACACGAAUAUUUUUAACAACAAAACAUAAAUUAUUUUUCAUUAUUUACACAAGUUACCCAUCUAAAAUUGAGACUACGUUGUAAAUAUUAUUGUAAAUUCAGAUCAAUCGGUAGGGCCUUGGAGCCCGUAUACGUCCAUGGGGAUAAUUUUUUUUUUUAUAACCUGUACAGUCAAUCAUUAAGCUAGUUUAAAAUUUAAAUUAACUUAACUAACCUAAUUUCAGUUUGUAUUUUUUUUAAACAUUAUAAGUAACAGCCAAUGGACGGAUGUCCACAGCUGGACAAAGGUAUGUUGCUCUCGCAUAGACUUCCAAACAUUAUUCCCUACAAGUUAGCCCUUGAUUACAAUCUCACCUGAUGGUAAGUGAUGAUGCAAUCUAAGAUGGAAGCGGACUAACUUGUUAGGAGGAGGAUGAAAUCCACACCCCUUUCGGUUUUUACACGACAUCGUACCGGAACGCUAAAUCGCUUGGCGGUACAUCUUUGUCGGUAGGGUGGUAACUAACCACGGCGAAAGCCUCCCACCAGCCAGACCUGGACCAAUUAAGGAAACCUCAAUCGGGCCAUCCGGGAAUCGAACCCAGGACCUCCGUCUUGUAAAUCCACCGCGCAUACCACUGCGCCACGGAGUCAAAUGACUACUAGAAUGCCCGACAUACCUACGGUACAUAUAGGUACAAGAUAAAAUGUCGUUGAAGCAAGACUAGUUUCAAACUGAUACAGAGCCCUAUGUCUUGAGCUCGUUUAUGCAACGUCAUUUAGCAUCCCCCUUUGCGUCAAUGGUAAGAAACGUAGGAUGUGUUUAGGUGUAGGUUUCAGUUCUCAGAAGUGUCUCAACAAAGCCACCCCCGCAAAACUAAUCUCGAUAAGAACGCUAAGUGGACUCUCCGAGCUUUCUUGUUGUUAGAUUAAUGGGAAAAUUGAUACGGGUCGGUGACAGACAGACACUUAGCUACGUACCUUGUAUAAAAACAAGCCGUGAUAGUCCAGUGGAUAAAAACUUUCGGUAGGCGUAUAGGUUGGGAGUCCGGGGCAUGAACUUUCAACUUACCAUUUAUGUGCAUUGUAAUUAAAUAUCACGUGUCUCAAAUAGUGAAGGAAAAACAUCGUGAGGAAACCUGCAUAUAAUCUGAGAAUUUUCUUAAUUCUCUUCGUGUGCGGCGUCUUCCAAUGGUUCCAACGUGGUGGAUUAUUAGUGGUAGAGUUGCCUAACCCCUCUCAUGUUUCAUGUUUCAAUUAUUAUACUCGUAGGUAGUUAGAUGUAAGGCUUAUCAUUAUUGUGUAUGUGUGUGUGUGUGUUUUAUUUAUACAUUUUAAUUUUAUAUUGUUGCUUAAUUUGUUGAAAUACUUUUAUUUGUUUAGCGUAGUCCUAUUAUUUAGCAUAUUAAUUCAAGGUUGUUUGUUUUUGUUUUUAAAUUAAAGGUAAUAAUAUGGUAUAAUAUCACUGUGGCUAUGUAUUUCCGUGGUGUCACCUGGAUCGAGGUAGCAGCUGAAAAUCAGCGCCGCUUGGCCAAGUACUCUGCUUGGUUUAUGCGGCACAAUGCUGAGCUGUUACCUUUUUUCAAGGUUGUGCCAAACAUGACGAAGUGGUUUUUGAUGCUUCAACUACUUUAGUUUUGAUUUUCAAUUGCUCAGGUGGUUGAAGCAUCAGACACUACAAUAGUACUUACUUAGGCAUUGUGGUGUAUGGCACAAUUAUUUAAAUAAAUGUUUUUUCUUUCUUUCUUCCU